GUUAAGUGUUACCCGUCCAAUCUGCAGACACGUUGCUUCAAAGGCUGCUUCUUUACAUCUUCACUAACAAAGGAUGCUGAAGAAGACAGGGUAUAAAACUCAUCAGAAUAAAUUCUCAUCAGGAUCGAAAAUUACAUCACGACCGUAAUAAUCAUUACAUAUAAAACAUCUGUAUAAAAAGAUAUUGAAGAUAUGGAACAAGAGGUUGAAAACUUCAUAUCUAUGACAUUCACAAAUUGCACUUUCACUAAUGAUAGUUUUCCGACUAAUUGCACCGGAAGGAUGGACAAUGAUUUCUUUUUACCACCCGCUAUAGUUUUGGAAUUCGCUAAAAUUCUUUAUGGUAUCGUUUGUAUUGUAGGUCUAUGUGGCAAUGCACUGGUUAUUUACGUAGUCAUAAGAUUUUCUAAAAUGCAGACAGUGACAAAUAUGUAUAUAUUUAAUUUGGCUCUUGCUGACGAGAUGUUUAUCAUAGGUCUGCCGUUUCUCUUGACGACUAUGAUAUUUCAGUCGUGGCCUUUCGGUCAAGUUAUGUGCAAGAUCUACAUGACAACUACUUCUAUUAACCAAUUUACUAGUAGCUUGUUGUUGACAGUAAUGAGUGCAGAUAGAUACGUGGCCGUUUGCCAUCCGAUAUCAUCUCCUCGUUAUCGCACACCGUUCAUCGCAAAAUUUAUCUGUUUGACUGCUUGGACCGCCUCUGCUCUUUUAAUGGUACCGAUUUAUAUGUACGCAAAUGUAUUCAAUAGUGAAAUGGGUAAUUCUUGUAACAUAUACUGGCCAGAAAGUACUUACAUGAACGGUGAAAAAGCAUUUACGCUAUAUUCCUUCACUCUUGGUUUUGCCAUCCCUUUAGUAUUGAUUCUUCUGUUUUACUUUCUGGUCAUCUGUAAGUUACGUCGCGUGGGACCACGUAAUAAGUCUCGCGAGAAAAAACGCACACACAGACGUGUCACUUACCUUGUCCUUACUGUCAUCACCGUUUACGUUAUCUGUUGGUUACCAUAUUGGAUCGGACAAGUAUAUUUAACAUUUCUACCCCCUCGUCAGAGUCAGAGUGGGAUUGUCUUCACCAUAAUGCUUUUAACAGGUUGUUUAUCUUACACAAAUUCAGCCGUAAAUCCAAUACUUUAUGCCUUUUUAAGUGAUAACUUCAAAAAGAGUUUUGCCAAAGCUUUCACCUGUGCAGCUGGCAAAGAUUUAAAUGCUCAGCUUCAUUUGGAAAACAGUGUUUUCCUUAAAACGAAAAAAGCCAGUUCUCAUCGCAGCAAACAAAGAGGGACUAAUCAAAAUCUUCUAGUUCCACAAGAUAUCGAACCUUCAACAGCAGUUACACAAAUAUCAAGAUCUGGAAUGUCAGAUAAGGAACUUCCUCUACGUAAUGGUUACGGAAAUCAAGCCAUAGCCGAUUCAACUAAAGAUUAGAGCCAUCAUUCAUUAAUUCAAGCUGUUUUCAACAUUUUCUAAGUCAUAACUUAUUGACUAUCAUGAAAACAGCCAUUCAUUAAAUAAUAA